AUGACAUCCCUAAUCAGUUCUUUCUUUUGGCUCUUUUUCUUUAUACUCUUAUGUCAUUUAGUUGGAAUUUAUCUUUAUGGAACUGGGUUUUUAAUCACAUCGAUUCAAUCACAAAAGAAAAGUCAAUGUAAUGAUCCCUUAAUGACAAAUACACUUUAUGCACAGUCUCAUCCUCCUGAAUUAUGUUGGACAACUCCUUUAUUUAAGAAAACAGCUUUGUAUCUUGUUGAUGCUCUUAGAUUUGAUUUUGCUUUUUCUACUGACUAUCCUCCUUUGUUUGAGAAUAUCACUGACCCUAAUAACUUUAGAUUCUACCAUAAUAAUAUGGGUGUUUUUAAUUCUUUAGAAAAUCAAUAUCCUUCUCGUUCUUCAAAAUAUCAUUUCAUUCCUGACCCACCAACACUUACUAUUCAACGUGUUAAAGCAAUGACAACAGGAGGUGUUCCUGUACCUAUUGAAAUAUCAAAUACUCUAAAUAACCCUGCUAUUGUUGAAGAUUCAUUAAUACACCAAUUUAAAGAGAAUGGACUAAGAACAGUUUUUGAAGGAGAUUCAUUAUGGAUUGAUUUAUAUCCUACUCAAUUUAAUGACGUUUCAAAUGAUACAGCUCAUAAUAUCUCAGAUAUAGAUAGUGUUGAUAAUAUAUGUGAUAAAGCAUUACAACGUCAUCAAAAUGAAAGUGAUUAUGAUGUAAUGAUAUCUCAUUUUCUUGGAAUUGAUCAAGUGGGUCAUUGCUAUGUUGCUAACCAUCCAUCAAUGAAGAAAAAAUUAAUUGAAAUUAAUAAUAUUCUUAAUCGAUCAUUAUAUUCAUUACCUGAAGAUACAUUAGCAUUAGUAUUUGGUGAUCAUGGAUUACUAGAAGAAGGGAACCAUGGAGGAUCAACACUACAAGAAUUAGAUGCAGGGAUGUUUGUUUAUGAUAAUAGGAAAAGUCGAAAAGGAGGAAGAAAAGAAGUAGAGAAGAUAACACAAAUUGAUAUUGUACCAACGAUAGCAAUUGGAAUGGGUAUUCCUAUACCAUACAGUAACAUUGGAACACCGAUUCGAGAUAUUAUAUUAGGAAGAGAAGAGAAACUUGAAGAUAUUCAAAGAUAUGUGAAUGCAUUAAACAUCACAACGAAUCAAAUAAUACGAUAUUUAAAAGAAAAAGAAGGAAUAAUACGAGAAACAUGGAUAAGUGAAAUAGAAGAAGAAAUUCAAAAAGUUCAAAAAGAAGAAAUUCAAUGGUUUGAAAACCAAGAAAAGUUAUUAGAAUUAAUGAAUGAACAUGAACGAAUAAGUCAUGAAAUACAUAAACAAUAUGUAGAACAUAAAUCAACAUUCAAAUUCAAUUAUAUGUUAGCUGGUAUUAUCAUUACUGUUUUGUCAUUGUUUGUGUCAUUGCUUACAUUAUUGCUUCCAAAAGAUUCAAUUGUUCCAUAUAAGUCAUUAAUAUUUGGAUUGUUUAUUGGAAUCUUCUUAGGAUUAGUACUAGUCACAACUUCCAAUUUUAGUUUUUAUGAAUGUUUGCUUAUGGGAAUGAUAAUUUGUUCAGAAGUUUGUUAUAUUAUUGGAUGUUUUAUGUCAUUUCUUAAAGUUCCAUUUACUUUAAAAACACUAACAACAAACAUUCCUUUUGAUUUGUUAAUAGUUGCUGUUGUUACUCUUAUUUAUGGGUUUGGACAAUGCACUGACUCUUUUAUUAAAGAAGAAAAAUACACAUCAUUUUAUGUUGGUAUAUGUUCUUUUAUCGUAUUGACAUAUUUUAAUUGGUUAGAAACAAAACAAUUUCCAAUUACAGAAUUAGUUUUUUGUUAUUUAUUGUCCAACUGGAAUUAUCUCGUAUGUCAAUUUGUUGGAUAUAUUUGUAUUUUUUCACUUAUAUUGAUGUUUUAUUUCUACAAACACGACAUUUUAUUAUCUCUUGCAAUGUUAUUAUCAUGCAUAUAUCAUUUAAUAGAAAAUUCAUCUAUUCCUUUAUUGACUGUUUUAAUUCCUGAUUCGAUCUAUCUUUUAAGCUUAAUAAAAAUGGUAGUUCUUAUACGAAAAAAAGAUAUUGAUUGUUUAUAUUCACUAAUACCUGUUCUAAGCGUAAUAUUACCAUUAAACAUGUUAAUAACUAUUAUAUUUUUUAUAUUUUUAAUAUGGUAUUUCAAGAAAUAUUCAUUCAAAUUAGGAGUACUUCUUGUAUUUUUCUUCUUUGGAAUUCAUUUCUUCUUCUUAAGUGGACAUGCAUUCCAAUUUAGUGAUAUUCAGUUUAAUGCUGGAUUUAUUGGAAUACCAUUCUAUUCAUUCUUUGGAAAUGGAUUUUUGGUUAUUUUGAAUACAUUCUUCUUCCCAAGUAUCAGUAUUAUUUUUGGUUUGUUAAUAAUUUUAAAGUCUCAUCCUACUGGGAUGUCUUUGUAUAUUCAAAGUUCUUUAUGUCUCACAACUAUGUUUAUAUACCAAUUAGUUCCUAUAAUGUUCUUUACUUACUUUGUAUCUGGACAUUUAGAAAUCUUUAGAAUUUUUACACCAAAAGUAUGUUUUGAUAUAUCUUUCUGUAUAGUAACAGAUAUUAUGAUUGUCAUUGGAUAUUUCCUUCAAAAACUUACUCCAAAACAACUUGAAGAAGAAAAAUCUUAUUUAGAUUAG